AGACUUACUGUUGGGGAUGGAUUUACAUCCUCCUCAAGGCCCAUUAGACAUUGAACUAGGCUCAUAUUGCUAGGAAGCCCUAGGCUUCAUCUUUUUAUAAAUAAAGAGCUACGUUCUUAUGAGAGGGAGAUCUCUUCUCCAAUUUUACACAUUAAACACUUCAUACAAAAAGCUUAUUGAUUCUUAGAUUUAUUUACACUUGUAAUCAUACAUGUAAUAUAAUCUUUAAUCAAUAAAUUCUUUUUGAUGUUCAUUUUCCAUUUGAUGUCUAUGUUGAUUUCUCUUUAGCCUCAAGAAUCUAAGAAAUUUAUUUCUUAAAUUUUUCAUUGUAUUGUAUGAAUCCGACAAACACACCAUUUUCGGUUCAAACAGUGUCUCAUUUUCAUAAUGAAACAUAACAACAGUUAACAAGUUCUCUUAUAUGCUCAAAAACAGUUAACCAUAGCUACCACACUAUCUGUUAAAUGUGAAUAAAGUCCUUUUAAGCUCUUGUCGCUCUUGAACGGUGGACUAACUUUCUCGGAUAAAAGAGUUGACCGACGGUGCCACGUACAUAAUGAAGUGCCUGAUACGUGGCAACAAGUUACACAUGUCACUCUCUAAACAGAGAAAGAGAGGACACCAGGUGCCAUCCAGAGGUGGUGCUGCUAAAUGUCUUGCUCCAAGAAGGUUUCCAAGAUUACCUCAGAAGACAUUUGGUUGCAGAGAAACGGAAGAGAGAAAAAAUAUAAAUUAAUGGAUUCGCAAGCGCAGUUGCAACGUACUCAUGGUCACCAUCAAGCAGAGGAACAGAAUAGGAUUCACCAUCCAGAGGAAGAGGAGCAUCAUGAGAAAGGACCAGCAAAAGUUGUGAAGAAAGCCAAGGAAAAAGCAAAGAAGAUAAAGAAAGCUCUUACCAAACAUGGUCAUGGUCAUGAACAAGAACUCCACGGUGGUGCGCCAGCACGAGGAAAAGGUCACCACAUUUCGGACCCGGUGGAAGAAGAGUUCUUUCCGGACCCUAUGAAAGAGGAGAUAGUCUCCAGGCAAGAAGUUUUUUACGAGAAGGUCAAAGGGACAGGAGCUAUCGUGAUGAAGAAGCUUCCUUUCUCGGGCACGGACCGGUACAAAGAUGGAGAAACAGCAAGGACAAGACAAGGGCAUCUCAGCCAAAGAAUAGUUAACAGAGAAACUGAGUCCUGGAGAGGGAGAUAA